GCGUGAAAAUAUUCUGAAGAUUGUCGAUUGAUUGCUUGAUAUUUCAACAUUACCCUUUGAUAUUUUUUUGUUGCAAUACGCUUGACAUUUACUUUGAACUAUUUUCUCGUUGAAAGAAGAUAUAAUUUAUAAGAGUAGACUAGCUUGCAAAAUAUUCAAUACUUGUAAAUCCUCUGGCUUUUCAAAUUCUAUGCGGUCUUGAGAUUAUUGAAUUUUCUUGGCAUUUGAAUAUUCGAAGCAGAUUGAAGUUGCAGACUGAAAAUCCUUGAAUUUUACGAUUUGUCAAUUUCAAUUAAUAUCAAAUUUAACGAUUUUGCUCUGUAAAAUAUCAAAAAGUUUUAAUAUUCAAAAAAGUUUUCGACUUUUUAUACGCACAGAAGGACUAGAUUUUUCUUUAAAUCUAAAAUAAUUUUUUCUUUUACAUUAUUUUUAUAUCAAACUAUUUUUAAUGGUGACAUAAUAAUUCGAGGAUUAUUAUCGACAGGGUUUACUCUUAUCACAAAUAUGUGCUGUUCAAUGUUCAAGUUAUUUCUUACGAUUCUCCGAAAAAACCUUUGUUGUAUCGCGAAAAUUUCAACGGUGUGCAACUGCAUUGCGCGAAACAUUCGCAGUCGUGCUUGAUUUAAAUUUAUUUUUUAAUUUUAUUUUCCACAUUUAAAAAAAGAAAAAUGUCACGCUGUUUGAAAAUAAAAAGAGUAGAUUUUCAACUUAAUUUUUCACCUUGAUAAACAAUCUUAUCAGUAAAUUACGUAUCAGUAAAGAUAAACGUCGAAGUUUAUAAAAAUAUAUAUACCUGACUAUUGACUAUUUGAAACUGCUUUGGGAACGUUCGUGACGUAACAAAAGCCGGAAUGAUUUGUUGUAUCGCCAACUUGAAAUCACGACAAAUUUAUUAAUUCAAAGCAAAUCGAUACCUGUGCCGGUAUUCUAAGAUAACGAGAUAGCAUUGUAACGGCUAUGACCCGAAUUAAAAAUUGAUUCCUCUCGCGUUCCCAAAGCGUGUCAACGCUUAUAAUAGAUACAAAACUAUAAUAUCACAUGAAUUGUAUUGUAUAUAUGCAUACUAUUUUCGUAAUCUUGUCUGAUUUGCCAAUAUUCUUUUAUAUCUGGAAGAAUCUGGUUAUUUCAAAAAGUAUAAAUUAUUUUUUGAUGAGCUCUCCCCCCUUUAAAAAAAAAGUUCUAAACCGUGUACUCAAAUAGAAUAAAUCGCGCUCUUCGAAUAAAUUAUUUUUUCAUAUUGCACGAAACAAAAAAAUAAGAUUAGUCUUUAUCUAAAAUAUUCUCAAUUAAGAAAAGAGAAGUAAACAAUUGAGAUUUUAUUCUGAAUAAAUAAGAUCUCGACGGAUAAUUUCUCCAAGAUGAAGCAAUAUAAAAAUGCAAAAUAAAAAAAAAUAUAUAGUUCGAUCAAUGAUAAAAUAAUAAAAAAAUUCUUAAUAAAGCUAUCUUCACAUCAGAAAAUUAUUGUGCGUUAUAACAAUUAAAAUUAUUUUAUUUCGCUACGCGCGUAUCUAUAAUACAUUAUUAAAAAAAAUAAUUUUAAUUAAUUUUUAUAAAUCACGUCUCGUUAUCUAGCGACUCAUCUUUCUCAUAUCCAUUCUACUUAAUUUCGCGCGUUUGUACGCUGCGCGCGGAUAGUAUUUUCUUCCACGAUGCGAAUCCGGUAUACGCGAUCGUGAUCCAGCGCGGCGAGAAACGCGCCGCGUGCAAUGCUCCCGAACGGAGCGCGUGAAUAAUGCCCGGCGUGGUCCCGCGACCGUCACCUCACAGACGACGGCGACGAGCCGGUUUAGGUAUCCGCGGCACCACCGGAAGCGCCCAUGCGACGCGGUGAUGCGUGCGACGAGACGUACAUCGGCGACGUAUCGAUACGCGGGGGCGAGAGGAGACCGCCGGAGGCGUAAGAGAGGAAAGAGGGACCGCGUCAUUAAGGAUGCACGUGGCGGGCCAUGGGGCGUGGAAUACGUCAAUGGUAAAACAUCGGGCGUUGCACAAUGUACGUAUCGAGCCGCGUCGAACAAUGGACGCAGCGGCGCGUAGGGGAACCGGAAGCACGUACAGGAACGCCGAACACUCGGGGAUCCGCGCGCACCAGCAACGCUCUCCUCAUUGUCGAGAUAUUCGCUGUCGCGGGUAGUCAGUCGAUCGCUCGAACGCGGGCCGAUCUACGGAAGUGCCGGAGAGAGAAAGAGAACCUCUAAGGUUCUCGUCCGUAUAACGUAGAAACCGAUCGGAUUCCUCCGAUGUGCGUCUACCGUGAAAGUUUUUCCGUUCGACGAUUCCGAACCGACUGACGAUUCGAAACCGACUUUUCAGAGGAAUUAGACUGCUACAUUGCAUUGUGAUCUGCUGCAAGGAUGAAAGAAUAAAUCGUCGAAGCGUUUCUAGCACAUAGUAAUGCGUCUUCCGAGAUCGUGAUUGAAACUAACUCCUGCUCAACUUGCUAUGCUUCGAAAUAAUUUUCCACGAAGGCCUUUAUUGUUAAAGAUCUGUUGUAAGAGCGGCGACGGAGACUCGAGCACGGAUUAUUUGAACGUUGCUGCGAACAACUGAGACCGACGGGAGUUGUUAUUCAAUGCUGGGAGUCUUCAUUUUCUACACGAAUCUCGAAGUCCAAAUUAUUUUCUAUUUUAAGAGCGACAACUGUAAAAUGAGAAAUUUAUAGCAAAGUAAUGAGGUAAAGAAUGAAAUUUUGAGAUACAAAAAAUGAUGACGUAGAUGCAACAAACAUCUUUUCUCAAAUAUUAAUGUUACUCUAAAAAGAGAGCAUAUACACGAAAGUGUAGAAAAGUAAGGCUAAUGUCCAACGAUCUAAGAAAAAAUAGCAUCUAAGUAAAAAGUUAAAGCAAACAAAAAAUAAGAUACGAUGCUCAUAAAGUAUGAAAUAGAAUAAAGUAGAGAAGGAAACAAAGAUAAGAUAUUGAGACAGUUUCAAUUAGAGAAGAAGAGCCAGUUCGGAACCGAAACCGAAAUUUCGGACAGACUAGACAGAUCAAUUCGUCAUCCUUACUGUUUACUCAAUGACAACAGCGCGAAGCGUUAAUAUUCGCAUUAAUAUUCAUUGUGAGACCGAGCUGAAGCUGAACGACCGAUGAAACAUUUCUUUCUGAGGAUCCUUUGCGGGAGAAAGCGAGAGAAACGGAAGGCUUCGAAGGCGAAGAGAACGAAACGGGUGGUCGUCGACGACAGACGCUGCGCCUGUUGCUUGGCACCGUUUCUAGUCGGCCGCGGCGUGCGCUGCAGCGAUUGCGGCGUUAGGUCCUGUAGGAAGGCCUGUUCGCGUUGGGACACGUCCGACAAUGCCUGGCACUGCAUAUUCUGCCAUCAACAAAGAUCGUGGUUGAAGAGGAAUGACAAGUGGUUCGAAAACUUCGGCGGUUUGGCGAAUGAGGAGGAAGAGCUUGACUUUUUCGGCAACGCCAAGUCACGCGUCCACAUUGCAGGACAUGCGGCCGCAAUCUCGAACGUGGAACAAGCUCAAGAGGAUCGGAAAGAGAGGCGCAUGGUGCACGCGGUCCGAAAUUUUGUCGAGAAAAUAGUCGAUGGUCUCGUUGAGAACGUAGAUACCACGCCGAUCGAUCGACUUUACGAGGACUCCGAAUACGACAGGUUUCUGGAGGAACAUCGCCCGCCAUUGGUCACCGCUCUGACUCAAUUGGCUACCUGCCUGGAAGCGUCCCUUACGAACAAACCAUCUGCAGAUCCACCAGCUAUGGCGCACGCGGCGCUCAGAGAGAUUGUCGAGCGGGCCGUCGAGGAAGCUCGGAAAUUACCGGGAUUGAAUGCGUCCGCGGACGCGGAGCAACCUCGAGAAGGACGCGCCAUCGCGGAUAAUAGCUAUGAGGAUCUCCUCGCUACCGCGAUACUCAAUAAGGUCAUCGAAAGAUACCAAAGAGAACGGAUUGACGGCAACAGUAACGUUCUACAGGACACAGAGUCGCCGAAAGCAAAAUAUACCGCAAACGAGAGCGAGCACGGCCUUGAGGAAGAUGCGGCGAGUUACACGUCCGAUUCUCUCGAGUGCAACGGCGGUCAUGGCGCGUCGAUCAGGCGAAAUGAAGAUCGUCGGAAACCGGUGUCCUUUACGAUGGAGGAACGGAUAGAGGAAGUAACCACGAUCACGUCGGACGAUGACGAACUUCGUGACAACGGUGCCUUGGAAUUCGGAUGCACUCGGCGCGUACCGUUUCCGGAGUACGGAAUGGAUAUCGUUGAUCCUCCGCGGGAAUUACCUUCGCCAUCGCCGUCAUCAUCGUCGGAUUCUUCGGACCUAAAUCGCAACGAAUAUCCGGUCAGGACGAAACGUCACGCCGCCGAUCGUACGACGGACAUAAUCUCGCCUAUCGAGUCCUGGGAGGACAAUUGGCUGUUCCAGAAAAAGAGAACCUCUCGAUCGCAGCCGGACGCGGUUGCUAUGUUGGUGCCAAGCUCUAACGCGUAUUUUAAAGCUCUGAUUGGCGACCGGGAUGCCGAGGACACGUCCGAUUUGUCCGAAUGCUCAUCUACGAAAUCCGACGAAGAAAUCGAACAGGAACUGAUGGAAGCGAUCAAUAACGUAAUUCCGAGGACUCCCAGAACGUCCGAAUGCGACGCGACGAGCAACCAGACAGAAAGUAAUCGAGAAACAGCAAACCUGACGCAACUCGGAAAGGACAAUGUCGAUACUUGCCAAGCGGUAACGAAAAUUGAAAAGAAUGUUUGCGAGCAUUUCGACAGGAAGACUCACGAGGAGCUGACGUCCUCGGAAAUCUCGAAGAAGAAAAUAGCCAGUCAUGAGGAAGACAAGGGGAAACAAAAUAAAAGUUCAUCUGCAUUGAUAAUGGCGCUAAAAGGAGAAGACGAUGCCAAAGAGAAGCCUGAGGAUACAGCCAAGCGCGGCGAAAGGACGAUUGCAACCGCGAUGGAAAGUUCUGUGCAAAAGGAAGUAAAGAUGCAAUCUGAGAAAUCGAGUGAGAGGAGCGAUCGAGGGGAAAACGUCACCAGCGAGAACGAGGAGCAACGAGAGAGCGAAUAUACCGAGCACUACGACACGGCGAUACAGCGACACUUAGACAGUUUGACGAAAGUCGAAGUUUACUCCGGAGAGAGCGAGACAGCCGAAACGAGAAAAACGACCGACGAACAGCUCAGAAAAUUGGAAAACAAUUCGACCGAAGAACCAAAGAGUAAACGCUCGGAAGCCGAAGUCCAAUUGUCUUAUGCAAUGAUCGACAUGACGAGUGAAAAUGAUCCAUUAAGCACCCCUCCACGACCAGGCACAAUAGCAGAACGUGAGCACAAAAAGUGGGAAAACGCGGCACCGAUCGAAAACAAUCCGUACAGCGAGGAGAGCAUACGAAAGCGAUGCUUGGAGAGACAAUAUUCGAAAAAUUCGGACAUUCCAGGGACCCAUUACGAGUUAACCAAAUUGAAUGAAGUGAACCUAGAGACGCUCUUGAUACCCAAUCGACCGGACAUUAAACGAUUCAGCAGAGAUUACUACAUCAACCAAUCGAAGGUGGCCAGUGGAGAACGACAGGAACGGGCCAGGUCAGCGAUGUCCUCAAUGUCGAGCAGACCGAGCAGCUCGCUGUCCCAGCAAUCGAGCUGCACCGGCGACGAGCAACACGAACGACAGGUGAGUCACGACGAGCUCGAGCAAUUCGAGGCCGCUUCGCUGCGCAGCAGCUUUCCUAGACGAUGUUGCCGCGAUCCCCGCGCCAGUCCGCACUUCGCGAUCAACCCUCUCCUGCAUCUGGAGCCCGUGAGCAAUCGAUCGCGCCACGAUGACGGCGAACGAGCCGAAAAUCUCGUAGAAAACGACGUUCAAACGAUGCACCCCGAGGCAAAUACGAAAGAGGACGCGAGAGAUGAUCAAGGAUCCAAGAAAUCCGUGGAAUCGAAUACAGGAGCGAUUUUCGGAGAGGAAGAGAAAGAGAGCUACGUUCUGGCGGAAAUCGGCACGGACUCUACGCAAUCAAUACCGACGGAUCGGUCUUGGGACGAUCGCGAGGACGAAGAACCGAUAGUUCCGCGAUACGACAGUCGCGCGGGAUCACCGGGUGAUCGGGACGAUCGCGAUCUGGGCGAUCGCGACUCCGGAAUGUGCUCGAUCGACUCGGAGAGCAGCGAGCGCGAUCGCUGGCGACGGUUAUAUCGGUUGAUGGAUAGCGACAGUCCCGGUGACAGCGGGCAGAUAUCGUCGAUCGGCGGCAGGAGGUUCUGGACUACCGGCGGAUACAAAUAUCACACGUUUGGUGGCAUCAGAAUCCAUCCGAAGAAGGCGGAGGAUCCGGACGACGACGACCUCGAAGACGAAUUAGCCUGGCCGGAGAGUCCGUUGUUCGAGGAUCGCAGCCCGGAAUUCGCGAGAUUAAAAUUUCAGACUUUCGGUGGGAUCAAGAGGGGCAGAAAGAUCAACAGCAAGAGGUUUCCGAACUAUAGGAGAAUCCGAUUGAGACCGAUCCUAUCGGAAACUGCGUCCGCCAUUCCUGAAAACGACCGUGAUCCGAUUGAAACGCAAAAAUCAGCAAACCUCGAGCUACAUUCCAACGUCAAUUCAACAUCAAAUUACGAUCAGCCAACAAACUUGAAUUGCUCUACGAGCGUCGAGGGAUUUGCCAGCUUUGAGCACUCGACGAGUUCGACUUUCGAAAGCGACUGGCAGGAUGAGGAUAAUAAUGUUAUGAAUAAUCGAAUACCCAUGGGACACGCACAAAUUGGACGCAAUAGAAAUCGAAUGAACGCCUUGAGAACGAACUCCAUGAUGAAACGUAAGACUCUGAUAAAAAGUAAAAAGAACGUAAAUAAUUCGCCCUCACUCUUGCCAAACGAGAACGAUGAGUGGCAGGAUGAGCUUGAUUGUACCUCCGAUGAAAUUAUAAUGAACAAGUUUCUGAAAGAUGUCUCGAGUACGCGGAAAGAGUGCGCGUUCAGUGAUGACGAUGUCGCAGCGCGAGGAAGAAGAAUAAGAUCUGGAAGACAUCGAAAAGUCCUCGAAGACAAUAACAGUGAAAAGUUAGAGAAAUCGAUAAUCAGAAACACUGAAAGGAAUUUGGAAAAUUCAAAGGAAUUUUGGCAAGAAAGGAAAAGUGAUGACAGAGGACGAUGCAAGAAAUUGAAUGUGAGAAGUUUAAGCGACGUCACGAUAUGGUGA